AUGCCCCAGAACGAAUAUAUCGAGCGCUGGACCAAGCAGCAUGGCAAGCGGCUGGACCAUGACGAGCGAGUGCGGAAGCGAGAGGCCAGAGAAGGCCACGCUCAAUCCGAAAAGGCCCAGAACCUCCGUGGGCUGAGAGCCAAGUUACACCAGAAGAAGCGACAUGCGGAAAAGAUCCAGAUGAAGAAGGCCAUCAAGGCGCAAGAAGAACGAGAUGUCAAGUCGGCAGCACCCAACGAACCCUCUUCGACCCCUCUUCCCAAUUAUCUGCUCGACCGAUCCCAAGCCAACAAUGCAAAGGCGCUCUCGAGUGCGAUCAAAAACAAGAGGGCUGAGAAGGCGGCCAAGUUUUCCGUGCCGCUCCCGAAGGUCAAAGGGAUCAGCGAGGAGGAGAUGUUCAAGGUGAUCAAGACUGGCAAGAAGACGGCCAAGAAGAGCUGGAAAAGAAUGAUCACCCAACCGACCUUUGUCGGGCCCGACUUUACGCGACGACCUGUCAAAUACGAGCGGUUCAUCAGGCCCAUGGGUCUGCGAUACAAGAAGGCGAACGUGACGCAUCCCGAGCUGGGAGUGACGGUGCAGCUUCCCAUUAUCAGUGUCAAGAAGAACCCGCAAAAUCCCCUCUAUACGCAGCUGGGAGUUUUGACGAAAGGGACCGUGAUCGAAGUCAACGUUUCCGAGCUUGGGCUCGUCACCACUGGCGGCAAGGUUGUCUGGGGCAAAUAUGCUCAGGUCACAAACGACCCCAGUCGAGACGGAUGCCUGAAUGCCGUCCUCCUCGUAUAA